AUGACUACUGUAAUCAAGAUACAAAACCAGGAGACUGUGCGUCACGCACAAAUAAUGCAAGAUGAUAAACAACCCUCACUUGGAUGUAUCGGCUGGUUCAUUAUCAUCAUCUCCAUCAUUUUCAUCAUAGGAUUGUUUCCUGUCACAAUCUUUAUGUGCAUCAAGAUUGUACAGGAGUAUGAAAGGGCAGUGAUCUUUCGACUGGGUCGUAUUGUGGACAGGAAACCAAAAGGACCAGGAAUUUUCUUUGUGCUGCCAUGCACUGACACAUUCAGGAAGGUGGACUUGAGAACAGUGUCAUUUGAUAUUCCUCCUCAGGAGAUCUUGACAAAGGACUCGGUGACAGUGAGUGUGGAUGGUGUGGUGUACUUCCGUGUUUUUGACCCCAUCUGUUCUGUGGCCAAUGUGACCAAUGCGGACCACUCAACACGUCUACUGGCCCAGACCACCCUUAGAAACAUACUGGGCAUAAGGAACCUGUCAGAGCUGCUGUCUGAUAGAGAGGGAAUCUCAAACAGCAUGCAGGCAUCCCUGGAUGAGGCCACUAGCGAUUGGGGCAUUAAAGUGGAGCGUGUGGAGAUAAAGGAUGUUAAAUUGCCUCAGCAGCUUCAGAGGGCCAUGGCUGCAGAGGCCGAGGCGGCCCGAGAGGCUCGUGCCAAGGUGAUUGCAGCAGAGGGUGAGAUGAACGCCUCACGGGCAUUGAAGGAAGCCUCACUGGUGAUUGCCGAGUCACCAUCCGCUCUGCAGCUACGAUACCUCCAGACUCUAAACACCAUCGCAGCAGAGAAAAACUCCACCAUCAUCUUUCCUCUGCCCAUUGAUAUCAUUCAACAGUUCGUAUCCAGAAGAGAUUAA